AUGUCGGAAAGCGACAAAAUCGCGCAGUUCAUGCAGAUCUCGGGGGCGGCCGAUACGGACCGCGCCAGGUUCUUCCUCGAGAGCUCGAACUGGGACGUGAACGCUGCUCUGGCGCAGUACCUCGACGACCCGGGGGCUGCCACGGCGACGACCGCGCCUCCAGUAUCGGCCGAUCCUGCGCCCGCCCUUCCGUCGCUCGUGCCGCGCGCUGUCCGGGAGGGCACGGUUCCCCGCCCCAGCGCCCAGCGCACGGCUCCGCGCGGCCCGCCCGCCGGCGCCGCGCGUCCCGCAGCAGGAGGGCCCCGCGUGAUGGGGCUUUCGGACAUCGGCAGCGGCGGUGGCGGCGGUGCGGGCAUGGGCGGCUUCCCCGGCCUUCGCUCUCAGUCCCCGGGGGACUCUGAAGACGACUACAACGAAUACUACGCAGGCGGGCAGGCCAGCGGCGUCGCAGUGCAGGGCCGCCCCGAGGGCGGCCGCCCCGAGGGCGAGAACGUCGACGAAUACUUCGACCGCGUCCGCCAGCAGCAGUUCGCGCGCGACGGCACCGACGAAGACCUCGCACCGCGUCGGCCGGGCGCCUUCCAGGGGCGUGCACACAAGCUCUCGGCGCCAGACGACGCGCCCGAGGAGGCGCCCGUGGCUCCGGCACCGCAGCAGGGCCCGCAGCGUCGCGUGAUCACGUUCUGGGCCAACAACGUGUUCACUGUGGAUGAUGGCGAGCCCCGCAGCGUGGAGGACCCCUCCUCUAUCGCGUUCUUGAACGACAUCGCGGCGGGGCGGGUGCCGCGCGAGCUGCUGCAGGGAGGCGGGGAGGUGGACGUGCAUUUGAUGCGCAAGCCCGAGGACUACGUGCCGCCGAAGGGCGCCAAGGCCUUCAAGGGUGCGUCAAACAAGCUCGGGGGCGGCGGAGAGGCCAGCGGGUCCGGGGCAGCCGUGGCCGCGGAGAACGCGGUCGCCGCAGGUGGCGAGUGGGAGGGCGCGGACCCCAACAAGCCGACGACGAAGCUGGCGAUCCGCAUGGCUGACGGCUCGCGCAUGCAGGCGACGUUCAACCUGUCGCACACCAUCGCUGACGUCAGGCGGUUCAUCGCGUCCGCGCGGCCCACGGAAUCGACGGUGUACGGCCUGCGCGGCGGGUUCCCGCCCAAGCCGCUCAACGACAACGCGCAGACGAUCGAGGCCGCAGGCAUCGCAGGCGGGACGGUCAUCCAGACGUCGUCGUGA